AUGCUGUCCAGGAGUGCAACAGGUUUCUGUCGAAGCGUGAUUGGACAGCUAGGAGUCGUCCGAAGUUCAGCUACUGUCACAUUGCCCGGCGUUGAUCAUGAGCUCGAACAACAGAGCUCGAGUGGCUGCCCUUUCCACGCUCUCUGGGCUACGAAAAAAAGAUCCGCCCCAUGUCCCGCCCAACGUCCAGCAACUGAGUUCGAAUCCGAGCGGUCUUUCGAGGAAAUGCCAUCCCCUCGGGCACUUCCGGUGCUCGGGACAUCUCUGGCCGUUAUGAAGUUUGGCGGCGCGCCGAGAAUCCACGAGUACUGUGAUAGCAGACAUAAGCAGCUAGGUCCCGUCUACAGAGAAAAUUUAGGAGCAGUCCAAGCCGUUUUUGUCGCCGAUUCCGCGUUGAUCCAGAAAGUGUAUGCACACGAGGGCAAGUAUCCUCAACACAUGGUGCCCGAAGCGUGGACGAUCUACAAUCAGAAAAACGAUAUCAAGCGGGGACUUUUUUUCAUGGACGGCAAAGAAUGGCAAGACCGCCGAAGAGCUCUCAACAACGUGUUCCUUCGGCCGAAAACGGUUUCUGAUCAUGUGCCAGUGUUCAACGAAGUGAUUUCCGACCUAUUGGCAAAUUGGCGUCACACAUCGUCUUUGAACAACGGAUGCCUCGACGAUCUUGAGAGACAUCUGUACAACUGGUCCAUCGAAUCUCUCGGGGCAAUGAUUUUCGGAAGGCGUCUCGGCUGCGUAUCAACCACUAACGACAGCGCCGAUAUUCAUGAGUUCGUCCAUUGCGUACAACAAAUCUUCUCCGAAUCCGCUAAAAUGGCCAUGGUGUCCCCGAAAUUGGCAAGUGCGCUUCGUCUACCUAUGUGGAGACGCUUCGAGAAGGCCGCGGGACGAGCACUGGAUCUCGGUCGGGAAUACGUGGAAGAGAACGUCAAUCAACUAUGCUCGAGAGGCAAGGGCGCUGCCCCGACGCCGGAAGAGACGAAGUCGGCGUCGUUGAUAGCGCAACUCCUGCAGCACUCGAACAUCGACCGUGAGGAGCUGGUCCGGAUCGUCAUCGACUUGUUCCUCGCUGCCGCUGACACCACAUCUCACGCGACCCAGUGGGCCUUCUAUCUAUUGUCGAGACACCCUGAAUCCCAACAGAAAAUCCUGAACGAGGUCAAUGAAGCCGUGGGGGCAAACCAGCACAUCACGGAAGACUGCCUGCCCAAUAUGCCGUACGUGAAAGCCGUCAUCAAAGAAGCUCUCCGACUUUACCCUGUGGCACCGUUCCUGACUAGGAUACUCGAUCAAGAAAUUUCGCUGAACGGUUACCGUGUACCUGCCGGGAAAUUGAUCCUGAUGUCGCUGUAUACUACGGGUCGCGAUCCCAAGAGCUUCCCCGAGCCAAAUUCAUUCAAACCCGAGAGGUGGCUGCGAGAAAACCGCUCAGAAUCGAAAGUUGACUCCUGGGCCUGCCUUCCCUUCGGUCUAGGAUCUCGGUCCUGCAUCGGACGUCGGAUAGCCGAGGUCCAGAUGCAGUUCCUUCUAGCGAGAACGGUGAAACAAUUCGAUAUAGGGCUUGCCACCGAGGGCGAAGUUCCGAUAAAAAUGCGGUUGAUCACAACACCGGAAAACCCGAUCUCACUAAAACUGACGCCACGUGAUUGA